CUCCUUCUGCUGAAGCCGAGGGUGGAGGAAGGCAGGAGUGGGCAGGCUGUGUUUGCUCGGGAAUGCAGAACUAACUCUCUCUCGAGGAAAGGCCUUGUUUCAUCAGCCGCCGUGUUACUGUGGAGGACGGAAGAAUAACGGGUCCGAAGAUGAGAGGAGUUCUGGGCAUGCUCGCCUGUUUGUUUGCGUCCUUUUCUCCGCUCGCCUGUAAUCAGCAGGGCUCGAUCCCCGAGGGAGAUCUUCUCGUGCUGACUGUGGCCACGCAGGAGACUGAUGGCUUCAGGCGCUUCUUGAGAUCCGCAAAGCACUUCAAUUACACCAUCAAGGUUCUCGGGAGGGGUGAAUCAUGGAAAGGUGGAGAUUACAUGUCUCCUCCAGGUGGAGGGCAGAAGGUGCGCCUGCUGAAGUCUGCUCUGGAGGACAUACAGGACGAGAACAGAGUCAUUCUUUUAGUGGAUAGCUAUGACGUGAUCUUUUCUUCUGGUCCGAGAGAGCUGCUGAAGAAAUUUCAGCAGGCCAAGCACAGAGUUGUGUUUUCUGCCGAGACACUCAUCUGGCCGGACCGUCACCUGGAAGACAAGCAUCCUCAUGUCAGGGAAGGGAAGAGGUUCCUUGGAGCAGGAGGCUUCAUUGGCUAUGCACCCAAUCUUAAACAGAUGCUUUCGGACUGGUCAGGAGCAGAUAGUGACAGUGACCAACUCUUUUUCACCAAGCUAUAUAUCAACCCGGAGAAAAGAAAGUCUAUAAAUAUAACUCUGGACAACAAGUGCAGAUUGUUCCAGAAUCUUCACGGAGCUCUUGAUGAGGUCGUGCUGAAGUUUGAAGAUGGACGCGUGCGAGCCAGAAAUGUGCUUUACAACACUCUACCCGUUAUUAUCCAUGGCAACGGACCCACCAAACUUCAGAUAAACUACCUAGGGAACUAUAUCCCACAUCUGUGGAUGUUUGAGACUGGCUGCACAUUAUGUAACGAGGGUCUGCGACCUCUUUCUGGACUCCAGGAGAGUCAAUAUCCUAUGGUGGUCAUUGGGAUCUUCAUCCAGCAGCCCACACCCUUCGUCUCUGUGUUCUUUGAGCGCUUGCUUAACCUCAAAUACCCCAAAAACCGCCUCCAAUUAUUCAUCUAUAAUCAGGAAUUACAUCACGAACCACACAUACGCUCAUUUCUGGAGUAUCACGAGUCUGAAUACCAGGGUGUGAAGCUGAUUGGACCAGAGGAGGAUAUAGAUCCUCUGACCUCACGUGAUAUUGGCUUCGAUAUGUGUCGAGACAACAUUGACUGUGAAUACUUCUUCAGCAUAGACGUGGACGUGGUUUUAAAGAAUGAAGACAUGCUUAGAAUCUUAAUUGAGCUCAAUAAGCCUUUCAUUGCACCAAUGAUGACCAAACCCGGGCGUCUGUGGACAAACUUCUGGGGUGCACUCAGUGCCGACGGGUACUACGCCAGGUCAGAGGAUUACAUGGACAUAGUUAAAGGACGCCGCAUGGGUUUGUGGAAUGUGCCAUACAUCUCUCACAUAUUCCUGAUAAAAGCCGAUACAUUGAGGACUGAUCUCAAAGAUCCUGACCUGUUUGAAUCUGCAACGCUUGAUCCGGAUAUGGCCUUCUGCUCCAAAGUUCGAAACAAGGUCAGACAAUACACUCAAAUCACCAGAAGAAAUAAAAUACAUUCAAACCAACUGUAUUCACAGUCAAUGUCGUCUCGACACAUAUCGCUGCCUUUCAUUGCACCAAUGAUGACCAAACCCGGGCGUCUGUGGACAAACUUCUGGGGUGCACUCAGUGCCGACGGGUACUACGCCAGGUCAGAGGAUUACAUGGACAUAGUUAAAGGACGCCGCAUGGGUUUGUGGAAUGUGCCAUACAUCUCUCACAUAUUCCUGAUAAAAGCCGAUACAUUGAGGACUGAUCUCAAAGAUCCUGACCUGUUUGAAUCUGCAACGCUUGAUCCGGAUAUGGCCUUCUGCUCCAAAGUUCGAAACAAGCUCUGCCUCUGUGUGUGUGUUUGUCUCCUGCAGGCUCAGUUUGAUCUGGCGUUUGUAGUCAGAUAUAAACCUGAUGAACAACCCGCACUAAGACCACAUCAUGACGCCUCUACUUUCACUAUCAAUAUAGCGCUCAAUCAACUGGGGAUUGACUAUCAGGGUGGCGGCUGCCGGUUCUUGAGGUACAACUGCUCCGUUAACGCUCCCAGGAGAGGCUGGGCACUCCUGCACCCUGGACGCCUCACUCACUACCACGAGGGUCUGCCCACCGUAGAGGGGGUCAGAUACAUCUCGGUCUCAUUUGUGGACCCUUGAACCACUUUGUAUUGGAAACUUGAAUUUGCUUUGAAUUCAGAAGACUCUAGAACAGUGUUUCUCAACCCUGGUCCUGGGUGCCCCCCAGCACUGCACAUUUUGUAUGUCUCC